CGGAUUGUUAUUCCCCUUUCCGGAGAGGGGCCCAAUGGGGCGUCAAGUACUGCUCCCAGGAUGAGGCUGGCCCUGCCCCCUAAGAAACGGCUAUCUGGGUCCCAUUCCCAGGCGUUGACUGGGACCUGCCUGCGCUUGCGCAGUCUCGCCCUCUAGGCUGCACAGUGCGGCCUUCCUUUUGGCGUUCCUGGCUUCGACAGGGCGUUUCCUCUUCUCUGUGUGGACGCUCGUGUUUCUUUCACUUUUCUCCCUGUGCCCCAACUCCCGAUCUACCCUUCUCUUUUUUAUGUGUUCCCCCUCCUGUCAUUUUCCCGCUUCCUUCCCUUAUCCCACCCCUUUCUGUGUCUCUCUUACCGUCCGUUUCGGUGUUGAUUUUCCUAACUCCUACUUUCCCCAUUCUCUUGGAGUUUCUCUCUGCCUGUCUGUCCUGCUGAUUUUCGGGCCCCCAUCCUCCACGUUCUUAAUUUCCAAAUAGCCUGGCUCAGUUCCCCACCCCCACCUCCCCCGCCCAUCCUUUGCUUUCUUUCUGAGACGCCUACUGUAGUUUUUCUAUGUCUUCAUAGACAUAGACACCCUCUCCACCACCCCCCACCCCCCAUGUGCAUCUCGCUCCCUGAUUUCACCAGAAUUCAUCAGUUUCAUCUGGACUCCACUCUGUAAUCAUCACCUGCCUUCUCGGCUGGUGUGUGCCAUCUUUUCUGAUUGGCCCAACCCCUGUGUGUGCUCCUUCAUCAGCCUUCAUUGCCCCUUCCUGUGUCCCAUCUUUUCUUGACCCAGAGGCAAGUGAACAGAGGAUUCAGAAGCUAACUAGAACUGACCUUGAUUGAUACCUGGAUUGAAAUUGGUUCCAGAUUGACCUCUAGCAUCCGGGGACCCAGACCCAGGAUCAUGGGACCCCAGCACUUGAGCCCUGUGCAUCUGCUCUGCCUCCUAGGGGCCAUCUCCACUCUGCCUCGGUCUGGGGCUCUUUUGUGCUACGAAGCAACAUCCUCGCUCUUCAGAGCUGUUUCUCUCCAUAACUGGAAAUGGCUUCUGAUGAGGAGCAUGGUGUGUAAGCUGAGUGAGGGCUGUGAGGAGACGCUGGUAUUCAUCGAGACAGCUGAAGGGAAGUGGCUCUGGGCUCAAGUUCUGAAUAUUUACACUAUUACAUCUUUGGGAACAAUGUCAAGACCCUGGCAGGAGAGAGGCAGGACCCAGUGGGGUGUGGUGUGGGCUGGAUAAGAGGGCAGGAAGGAGGUGGGCAGAUCCCAGGAGGAGAGGGGCAAUCUGGGAGAGGAGAAAAGGAAGGGACACAGGGGAGAGAGGAGCAGAGGGGCUCCUGUGGGGAGGGUGGGUUGAGGAGACACAGAUGGAGACCCCGGGACCUGAGCCCCAUGCGGCUGAACACCUCAGCACAGCUGGGUCCAGAAGGGGAGUUGUGGGUUUUAAGGGCUGCAGCCCAGCCUCCUCUUACCCCCAGCAAGUCUCUUACCUCGUUUCACCGCCUGGACUGUCCGUUGCCUCCUACAGCCGCGUCUGCCGGUCAUAUCUCUGCAACAACCUCACCAGCUUGGAUCCUUUUGUGAAACUCAAGUCCAACACUCCGAGGUCUACAGCAUUUUCUUCCCAUGUUUGCCCAACCUGUGUGGGCGAACACUCUAAGGACUGCCUCCCAAGUUUUGUCACCACUGAUUCUUGCCCCUAUGAUGCCUCUCAGUGCUACAGUUCCACCUUAAAAUUUCAGGCAGGGCUCCUCAAUACCACCUUCCUCCUCAUGGGCUGUGCUCGUGGACAUCACAAACUUUUAGCAGAUUUUCACCAUAUUGGGAGCAUCAGAGUGACCGAGGUCCUCAACGUCUUAGAGAAGGCCCAGAUUGCUGGUGUCGAGCCCUCCAGUCGGGGUCCUGCUUGGGGCAUCCUCUCAGGGCUUCUGCUUGCCUUCAGGGACUGACAGUCUGGCUGGACUGGACAAACCCCUUCCCAUAACCCAGUAAAGUCACAGAGUUGCCUUUC